CUGGUGCAAAUAGUACUCAACGAGUUGAAAGUUUGAAUCGUAAAAUUCAUGACUGUAUUCGAUCGAAUUUGUCACUUUUGGAGUUGACUAGGGAAAUUCAAGAAUUACUUGAUAAAGAGUCAGAAUAUGCGAGAGUCGAGGAAUACAAGGAACAAAUUCCUAUAAUCGGUCUUCCAACUAUCUCAAGAACCUAUUUUAAUUCUAUUGAAAAG